AGAGGUAUGCAUAAAUCAAAACAACAAUCGAAGUUUGUCUGAAUCGACGAAGCAACGAACAAACACACGUACGCAAUUGACAGAACGUCCAACGACGACAAGGCGAACAGAGAAGAAAUUUAUUCAUCACCAAAAGCCAGAAGCAAUUGCAAAUAAAGUGAUUAUUUAUAUUUGUGGUGAAAAUAAUUCCGAAUUGAAUUAUAUUACAAUUGAAUAUCAAAUGAAUGUACACAGUAACAACAUAAAGUUCUGAAUCGUACAAUUGCGCGAGUGUUGUGAAACGAGUGUGAAGAAAAAUAAAAGAAGCGUAACAUUCAAUUGAACCUUCAUCAAUUAAUAAGAGCGUAAAGUGACGACAUAUAAAAGAUCGAAGACGAAAAAAAAAGUUAUUUUGUUGUAAAUCCUCGGGCGAGAUCGAAAGAACAAAAUGCGAAGUUUUGUGAUAGAUUUGUAAUUAGCUAAGGUCAAGUUGAAAUCUGGCAAUAGAACAUCGUGACCUAAUCAUCACUUGAAACAAAAACACAUCACACCCAAUCACACUAACCUCCUUCUUCUGAUCAGUGCAACGCAACACACAAAAUUGGCAUGGAAACCCAACUGGUGGCCGAAUUCGUUUCGAAAACUAGAGCCACCCCAAAUGAUGCGUUGAGCUGUUUGAGGACAUGGGGUUGGGAUCUCAAAAAGGCACUCAUCGAUUACAAUGAUACAUCGACGAAUGAGUAUUUCAAUGGUAAAAGUGGGCUAAAAGUGCCCGUUGACACAGUUGAUUUUGUGGAUCGUUCGUCCAAAGCAUCAAACACAUCACAAUCAAAUACACAUCAACGAAAGAGUUCGCUAGCGAAAUUAGAUUCGGUAGACAUUGUUGACUACAAAAAACUGUACCGUGGUAUUUCGCGAGCAACCGAAAACGAAAAUUUGGUAUCACGUGCCCGUACCGAAGUCGCAAUGGAUUUACAUUCAAAUUGUUUAAAUUCGGUCGAUAAUGUCCAGCAAUUGGAUAUGCCCGAUUACACAUUCACUUUGCCCGAUUUAACAAUUUAUUCGGAUGAAUUUCGUACUUUUCUUGAAAAAGACCUAAUUGAAUGUUCAACGUUGAAUUCAUUAGAAACGGCGAAUCGUUUAAAUUGGUGGGCCGAUGCUGGUUUUUGUCGAAAAUUAUGGCCAUUAGCAACGACCGGCGAUGGAAAUUGUCUAUUGCAUGCGGCGAGUUUGGCCAUGUGGGGUUUUCAUGAUCGUAAAUUAACAUUACGCACAGCAUUACAUUCGGUUUUAUCGUCCGGUGAAUACAAAGAUGCCUUAUGGAGACGAUGGCGUUUUCAACAGACUCGCCUGAAUAAGCAAGCCGGUUUUGUGUAUUCAGAAGUCGAAUGGGUUAAAGAAUGGGAAGAAAUUGUGUGUAUGGCAUCACCGGAACCAAGACAAUCGAAAAGUGCAUCAAGACGUCGAUCGGUCGCAAUAAAUGAAUCCAUCGAUGACAAUGCCACAUAUGAGAGUCUUGAAGAAGUUCACAUUUUUGCAUUGGCCCAUGUAUUGCGGCGAACGAUAAUUGUGAUUGCCGAUACCGUGUUGCGUGACAUGAAUGGUGAAGCGAUGGCACCAAUACCAUUCGGUGGCGUCUAUUUGCCAUUCGAAAUCCAAGCGAAUGAAUGCUAUCGGGCUCCAUUGCUGUUAACUUAUGAUAUGGCACAUUUUUCUGCAUUGGUUUCAAUGGAAGCGUCUAGUGAACAACCACCGCCAUUGAUUCCAUUGAUUGAUUUCGAAAAUGUACUGUUACCGAUUCAGUUUUGCAUCGAUCCGGGUGUGAAUUUCGAUUGGAAAACAUACGAUGGUUCCGAAGGUAAUUGGGCGUUAACUGACCGAGAACAUAUCGCAUUGCUUAAGGAGUAUUUGGACAUUGUGUAUGCAACACCGUUGGGAAGUCCAGAGGAAGAAAUCUCUGUCGAUCUGGUCGACGAAGAGUAUGACAAGCGAAUAAUUGACGGUGAACUUGGAUUUGGCGAUGAUGCCAAUCCGAAUAAUGGCAAAAGCAAAGCAGCAAAACAAUUACAAAGCGUAGCAAAGCAAUUUGGCAGCAUUGGAAAAACGAUGAGCAAAAAAAUCAAGAAGAAUAUUGGCUCAAUCACAAAAAUUGGCAGCAACAAUAGUAAUGGCGGCAAUGGUAAAAAUGGUAAAAUUAAAAAUGGUCUGCCAUCCGGUUCGUCGACGCAAAGUUUUACACGACAACGUGUACUUUGUGCACAAUUAAAAGCCAAACGGCAUGAUUAUCAAGAUGAAAUGAUAAAAAAUUAUUUGGAAUGUGCACAGGAUCGAUUCAUGGAAACGGAACGAGCAAAAGAAUUACGGGAAAUUGAACAACAACAAUUGGAUAUGAUGAAAGCAAAGGCCGAAUCACCAGUUGAACCGGAACGUGAAACAAGUUGUAUAAAUGCUGGAUGCGCAAAUUAUGGUACAUCGGCCACAUCAUACAUGUGUCCGAUGUGCUUUGAAAAGCAAAAAGAACGUGAACUGAAUAAUUGCAAUGGUUUACAGGAUGGACCACGUUAUGGAACAGGUAACUCGAAAUUUUAUACGCAUGCUGAUGAAAAGAGUCAUAAAUCAAUUAAACGAUUACCAUCAUUUCGACGGCUCAACGAACAAGAUCAAACGCUGUAUCUAUCGAAUUCAACAUUUUAUAAUGAUGCACGACCACAAACAGAUGUCACAUCAAAUGAAUAUCGACAUGGUUAUACAGAAACAACGGGCAAAACGGUCAUCAUUCCCAUUCGCAUGGAAACCGAUGGAACGGAUUGUGUUGAUAGUGGUGUGGCCAGAGCAUAUUCGGCCGGCAAUACAUUGAUACAGAAUGGCAGCAAUUAUUCAACAUCACACCCACCGCCGCAUAAUAUUCUUGGUAUUGGCGAUCCACCCAUCUCGAAUGGACCGUACACAAGUACCAUCAAUAUUACGGCUGCUACGGAACCAAAACAAUCGAAUUUAACUGGCCGACAUCCACAUGACGUUUUAAAAAAGAACAAUGGCAUCAUUUCAUCGUAUCUGGAACAUAUUGAUGAUCCAAAAUCUAGUCGUAUCGCUACACCAUUUUUACAGGCACAACAAUGCCGGACCAUCGAUUGCAAAUUCUUUGGCAAUGCCAACACCAAUUUCUAUUGUUCUAAAUGCUGUCAACAACAACAGCAGCAACAACAACACCAUCCGAAAACACAAAGCAAAAUUCUAACUGACGUUUGAAUCUCUUCUGCUUACAUCUUUUUUUAGUUUUAUUGUACAUAAGCCCAUUUAAUUUUGCCCAUUUUUUUGUCAUUUUCGAUUGGUGAUGACUUUUUUUUAAUUGACGAGAGUAAAAUAAUUGGCGAAUUCUAUUUAUUUUUGUACAUCACAUUUAUCUCGCAUAGAAAAAAAAUGAACAAGAAAAAUCAUCUAUUCUUUCAAAAAAAAUUUUUUUUUUAGAAUAAGUACUUUUUGAUAAUUAUCAGAGCAUUUAAAUUUAAUUUCACCACUUUUGUUCAACAAAAUUGACCAAAAUUUUUAUUCACAUAUUAUUUAUGCUUACAAAUUGCAAUAAUUUUUUUAACGAGAUCCAUACUAUAAAUUCUCAACAAAUUCAAAAGGUCGAAGAAGAAAAAAGAGUAAAAGGUUAAAGGAGAAAAUUUUCGGGAAAAAUUCUUAAAUUCAAUUGACAUUGAUUAAAUUUUUGAUGAAUUGAAAUUAUUGAAAAAAAGAAAAAAAAAUCGCAUAGAAAAUCAUCUGUUAACAAUUAUUUCCUGAUAUGACAUUUUUCAUACAUUUCAAUUAUUUUCUCAAUAAUUUUAUAUUGAUCAAAUUCGAAUUUUUAUGUACACUAAUUUGGAUUUAGUUUUAAAUUUGAGUUCAAUUUUUUUAAAAGAAAAAAAAAGAACGUAUUGACAGCUGUUGAAUUAAAAAAGAAAUUCAUAUUUGUUGGAGAUAAUUCAAACAAGUUAUUUUUUUAAAGUAUUUUACUUGGUCAUCCAUUCAAUUUCAGCUUCGAAAAAUGUCUGUCAAAUUGUAUUUUCGGCAUAAAAAACUACAGGAACAAAAAAAAACUACGUAAACUACUUGAAAAUCGAUAUACUCCUAAGCACACACAUCACUACUAUAAUUAUAAUAGAAUGUGAAUGAUUGAAGAGAAUUUCUUCGGCAAAAUAUGAGACCAAUAACGAUUAUACAAAAACAUAUACGCGUUGCCAUUCAUGCAAAGAACUUUCACACAAUUGUUUUUAUUGUCACAAGAAAUGUUGUGUUUUACAGCAAAUAUAAAAACAUUGUUUGCUCAAUUUCGAUCCGAAGACCUACUCCUCUUUCAUUCACAACAGUAUAUCUAAUCAAUACAAAGAUAAAGUAAAAAAAAAUAUCAUCAUUACACUCACACAUUAUCAAUCACCAAAGAAAGCCAUAUAAGAAAUGGUUGAAUAAUAAUAUGUUUUUUUGCGGCCCAGGGUUAUUUGAUACGUCUUGUGUCACCAAUUCGGUAGAUUCGGAUUGAAAUGACGAAAAUAGUGUUCAAGUGAAAAAAAAUAAUCUCAUUGUAACAGGCAGUAUUAAAACAAACGGCAGCUCAUGACGCUGAAUUUUUUGGCAAUUCUAUUGUACAAAUUUUGAAAUAGUUGAUUGGCGUUUAAAAAAAAAUCUAGGAAAAAAUGUGUUCGAAAAACAUACUAUUACAAAAAUUAAAUAAUAAUUUAAAAUAAUAGAUUAAACUAAACUAUUGACCAUGUUUCGCAAUCGAAUCUCGUCCGAUUCAAGAGACAAGUGACUCAAGUCAUAUCGAAUUCCCUUCUUCCAAAAAAAAAUCAUACAAAACUAAAAUUACAUUAUAUUCAAUCAAAUUGCAAGAAAACUGAUCGAUAAGGCUAAUUCACUGUUAAUCUGGUUUCAAAACAAACAAAAAAAUUCGUCGAACUGAUUUGUACAAAAAAAAGACAAACC